AGUCUAAUUAUUAGCCUAUAAGUAAGAAUAUAUAAUCUUUCCUGGCGGGAUCAGCCAAGUUCUGCCAACAGAGUACCGUCUCAACAACAUGUCAUCCACUCAGUCGCAACAAACCAUCGUCGUCGUUGGCGCCACGGGAAUCCAAGGCUCUGGCGUUGUUCGAGCAUUAUUGAGCGACGAAUAUGGUGGUCCUUGGCUUGUCCGAGCUCUUACCCAAGAUCCCAGCUCAGGCAAAGCACAGAAGCUUUUGUCAGAAUACCAAACUACUGACAAUCGUCUGAGCUUGGCCAGUGGCCAUGUUUACGAUGAAACAAGCCUACGGAGCGCCUUUACGGGUGCGCACGGCGUCUUCGCCAUGACCAGUGAACGGUACCCUGGUAAACGUAUUACUGAAGAGGAGGAGUUGAAACACGAGAUUGAUGCAGGGCGUAACAUCAUCUCCGCUGCCAAGGAGUGCUGCAUCAAGCAUUUGGUGUUUAGCAGCUUACCUGAUACUGUCGAAGCGAGCGACGGCCAGUUCAAACGGAUACAUCACAUGAACAACAAGCAUACUAUUGAGCAACUGGCAAGAAAGGAGCUUGAUGGCUUUACUUCCUUGAUGCCUGGUUUUUUUUACACCAACUUGGCCUGGUCACAGUAUUGCCGGCUUCGUGAGGACGGCGUGGUACAAUUUUGUAUGCCCCUACCCGGGAAUAAAAUGGUCCAGUGGACGGAUCCUGCACACGACAUGGGAGCCUUUUCCGCAAAGAUAUUUGGCUUAGGUGUUGAAAAGACUAAAGGGAAAACUUAUCUUGCUUUAGGUCCUAGGAUAACUCCCGAAGGCAUGGCGAAAGCUUUCACGCGCGUUACUGGAAAACCGGCCGUUCAUUCUCCAAUCUCGUUUGAGGAGUUCGGUCACUUGAGCUCUGCGCUCGUUGGCCCAGCAUUCAAGGAAGACGCUAUUGAAAUGAUGCAAUGGGCUGCUAUAGCUCCAACCGACAAGACCUGCUAUGGAGCCUUCGAGCUAGAGGUUGAACAAUCUAGCGAGGAGCUAGGCCUUACUGGUAGCUCUUUUGAAGAUUGGCUGAGGCGUAGCGGAUGGACUGGUCCUUAGGAGGUGUAUGUAUUCUCCGAGAUAGAGUUCUGAACUGAAUCGUCCAAUUAUCGCGGGGAC